AUUAAAAAAAUAUAACCUAAAUAAGAAUAGUAAAAAUAUGAAAAUUAAAGAUGCAUAAGCUCAAAUAUUUUACUUCUUAAAACUAUAUAAAUCAAUUAUAUACCACAUAAUUGUGAUCAUUGUGGUUUGGUAAAUAUAAAUGAAGAAUGAAUGAAGGCCUAUAACGUCUGCAAGGUGCUGUAAGUUUUUAAAAUAAUAAAUAUCGACAAGUCCAAAGUACACCUAGUACACUUAUGGUGUCCAUACAAAGUGAUACUUGACUACAGUAGGUAUUGAAGAUAUUUUUCACCAAAGUGUCUACUGUUAAUAGUAUUUCAUAAAAUGCUAUUGAAAUUUGGAAGAAAAGAGUUAACUGCAUCAAUUAAUCUCAUCAAAGGUAUUGGUAGAGCAAGUAUGUGUACUACAAAAGCCUCUGAACAUUUGAAGUUUGAGACAUUAGCAGUAACAGUUCCUAAGCCUUUUGUAUUCCAUGUGGAAUUGAAUAGACCAGAUAAAUUAAAUGCCCUAAGCCAUUUAAUGUGGAUUGAAAUUAAAAAGUGUUUUGAGGCACUCAGUUCCGAGGCUGACUGCCGUGUUGUUGUAGUAUCAGCAGCAGGAAGAAUUUUUACAGCAGGUUUAGAUAUAAAAAGUGCGACAAACACGAUGCAGUCAUUUGCAGAAGCAAAUGAUAUUGCCAGAAAAGCAAAGAUUUUAGAAGAAUUAAUUAGAUUAUACCAACAGAGCAUGUCAUCCUUAGAAAUAUGCAAGAAACCUGUAUUAACGGGUAUUCACUCUGCUUGUAUUGGUGCAGGUGUAGACUUAAUUACCUCAGCUGAUAUAAGGUAUUGUACAAACGAUGCUUGGUUUCAAGUGAAAGAGGUUGAUAUAGGAAUGGCAGCAGAUGUGGGAACUCUACAAAGAUUACCUAGAGUAAUAGGAUCAGAAAGUUUAGCAAGAGAAUUGUGUUUUACUGCUCGAAAAUUCUCUGCUGACGAAGCUUUUCGAUGUGGAUUAGUUUCAAAAGUUUUUGAUGAUAAAGAAAGUAUGUUAACGGGACUGUUGAAAACGGCCGAAGAAAUUGCAUCAAAAAGCCCGGUUGCUGUUCAGGGAACGAAGUCGAACAUUAUUUAUUCGCGAGACCAUACAGUGCAGGAAGGCCUUGAAAGAAUGAUUAUCUGGAACCAAUUUAUGAUGCAAAGUGAAGAUUUCGUGACUGCGCUAGUUGGUCAAGCCACAAAGGACGACAACAUAAUGUUCUCUAAGCUUUGAAACUUUAAAUAUUUAUGACGCUGGCUGACUGGCAAGGGAAUAGGUAUUUUUAAUUUAUGUUUUUAUUUGUAUUUUUUGUGUAUUACAAAUAUAUAAGUAAACAUUUCUGCGUU